UCAAAGCCCCGUGAUGGAGGGAAUCUGAAUCGGCUCCGCCUCGGUAUUCAUCCUCUCCCAGCUCAGGGCGGCAAGACGGGGAUUCUUGACGCUUCUGGUCUUCUUGUCGACAUGCCGGGGAGUCAGCGGCAAAAACGACGACGGAGGAGCGGUCGACUUGGAGCCGUUGCUGACGGACGACGGCAUGGGGACGGGCUUCAUGAGCGAGCGGAGAUGGAGCGGCGAGUCACCCUCGCUCUGCGUCUUGCCCAGGUCGAUGCUGCUGCUGUUAGAGGGAGAAGCCGGCUGCAGCGGACACAAAAACAGGCAGACACACGGUAAGCAUUGUGUUAAUUGCAUCGUGGGUGGCUCUGUCUAUCGCUCGUAGUUUUUAGUGUACUUAUGUACCUGCGGAACGGGAUGGCUCUCGAUGACAACGUCGACCUUGCCGGGCCAGUCGUGCGCAUCGUCCUCGCCCUCGUGGCUGAGCUCCGACGUCAAAUUCAGCACAUCCGUGGCGUCGCCAAAGGCACUCUCCCACUCGUCCACCAGAUGCACUGGCCUCUCACAGCAGACACUCUUCAUCCCUUCACAGCUGCAAUCGGGCAUGCCGGCCCCACGCUGCUGCACCACCAAAUGACGAACCGAGCGCGGGAAGAUC